AUGUCUUCCCAAAAGAUUGAUUUAACCAAACUGAAUCCUGAGCAACUGAACGCUGUAAAACAACAAUUCGAUCAAGAAUUGCAGCACUUCACACAGUCCUUGCAAGCAUUGACUAUGGCCAAGGGAAAGUUCACAGAGUGUAUUGAUGAUAUCAAAACAGUCUCUCAAGAAGAAAAUGAAGGACAAAACCUACUAGUUCCGGCAUCAGCAUCAUUAUACAUACCAGGUAAGAUUUUAGAUAAUAAGAAAUUCAUGGUCGAUAUUGGUACAGGCUAUUACGUUGAAAAGAGUGCAGAUGCAGCAAUUUCGUUUUACCAGAAGAAAGUGGAAAAGCUUGACAAAGAGUCUGUACAAAUUCAAGAUAUUAUAAAGGAAAAGACUCAAUACUCGUUGUCUAUCGAGGCUCAAAUAAGACAGGCCGCUAUAAGACAGCAUGAGACGACGAGCAAACAGCAGCAACAACAAAAGAAGGAGGCGUCCGCAGCUUAG